AUGCGGACACCGUUCGCUUUCAGUGCUAUUUGCGCUGUCUUUUCUCUCGUUUCAGCCUCGUCGAGGCACAACUACAACACACACAACUAUUAUGUGGUUGAACACGAUCCUGAAUAUGCUUCUCUCACCGAAGUAGCGAGCUCCCUUGGCGUUGAGGUCGUCGAAAGGGUCGGGGAACUUGCAGACCAUUGGCUGGUACGGACACGGAAGGGUUUGGAGGGGAGAGAAGAAGGAGAUGGAGUGCUUAAGCGACACGAAACUUUGCGAGCCCGUUCAGCGGAGACCGGAAUCAAAUAUCUAUCCCGCCAGUCACUCCGCCAGCGCACCAAACGGGCCCCAAUACUCGAAAGACGACAGUCUGAUGAUUCAGACGGCGCCCGGGCAGUCGCAGAGCGAUUUGGUAUCCAUGACCCUCUUUUCCCAGACCAAUGGCAUAUCAUCAACGACGAGGAGCCCAUCCAUUCCAUGAAUGUCGUUCCUGUCUGGGAAAUGGGCUUUACUGGGAAGGGUAUCAUCUCGUCGUUCAUUGACGACGGCCUGGACUACACCUCGGUCGAUCUCAAAGCCAACUUUGUGGCUGAGUUCAGCCAUGACUACAACGACCACGAAGAUUUGCCCACACCAAAACUUGGAGACGACACCCAUGGAACCCGUUGUGCUGGCCAAGUGGGAGCGGGCAAAAACACAGCAUGUGGUAUUGGAAUCGCAUACGACUCCAAGGUCGCAGGAGUGCGCAUUUUGUCAGGCCCCAUUUCAGACGCCGAUGAAGCGGCUGCGCUCAACUUCGGCUACCACAAUGUUUCUUUGUAUUCCUGCAGCUGGGGUCCUCCAGACAAUGGAAUGGUGAUGGACGGUCCUGGGUACCUCAUCAACAAGGCCGUGCUUAAUGGUAUCAACAAGGGCCGCGGAGGAAAAGGCUCCGUAUUUGUGUUUGCUGCUGGGAACGGUGCUGCAAGUGGCGACCAAUGCAACUUCGAUGGCUACACUAACUCAAUUUACUCGGUGACCGUGGCUGCUGUGGACCACAAGGGCGAACGACCAUACUACUCUGAAGCAUGCACAGCAAAUCUUAUUGCAGCUUAUAGCUCCGGAAAUGGCAAACGGAUUGUAACUACUGACAAAGGUACAAAUAAAUGUACUGACACACAUGGGGGCACAUCGGCUGCCGCUCCUAACGCAGUCGGCGUUUUUGCGCUUGCGCUGGAAGCUCGACCAGAUUUGACAUGGCGCGACAUCCAGCAUCUUUGUGUUGAAAACGCACGCCAAAUAGGUGACGGUGAAGAAUGGCAGCUCACCGCUGCUGGGCGGAACUACAGUUCAAAUUUUGGAUAUGGCGCGUUGGAUGCCACAGCAUUUGUGCAAGCGGCGCAAAAAUGGAAACUCGUCAAACCGCAAACACGGAUGCACACAAAAAACGAUCCAAAUUGA